AUGGCCGACCCCGAAGUCCCCGAACGGCGGCGGAGACGCCCGGCUGUUUCUUGCUCUCUCUGCAGAAGGCGCAAGAUCCGAUGUAAUCGAGAAGCCCCCUGCAACAACUGCAUGCGGUCCAAGAAUGAACAAUGCGUAUACGAAACUCAUCCAUCUCAACCCCCGCGCCAAAUCAGACCAGCAAACACGCCGGCGCAACUUCCCCGGCAGCCUCACCACAUAGUACCUAACACAACAUCCACCGCAGGUACAGGAUCCACAGUCUCAAGCCAUCCUCUCGUUUCAUCGGGGCCAAGUUCGACGAACACCUCUUCGCCAGCAGGUCCCACUCUCAGCCACGAUGUCGAGUACCUCAGAAAUCGAAUUCGGCAGCUCGAAGACGAGUUGCCCAAGACGAAAAUACAUUCUGCUCAGACUCCCUCUCUCACUCCAUCUUCUACUACGAGCGUCGAAACACAAACCUCACGAAUAGCCGGAACAUUCCAUAUCCACCGAAACACCCUGUUCGGCCAGGCGAACGUGUUCAGCCGCGGCAUCAUGCAUAAAACACGCAUGUUUGGACAGAGCCACUGGAUAAACGGCGUUGCACUACUAUUCAUGGAUAUGUUCCAGAUGAUUGAGCCGCUUAUACGAGAAGACACAUCGCGGGCAUUCGCCGGCAUAAAGAAAUGCAAAGCCCUAGCAAGAGAAAUCAAGGCAGCACGAGCUCCUCCAUGGCCCUCACCACCAACCCGCGACUUGCCCUCCAAGGAUGUCGCCGACAGACUUGUCCAGUGCUACCUUCGGACAAUGGAAACCGUCUAUCGAGUUUUACAUAUCCCAUCCUUUAUGAGAGACUACGAGGCACUCUGGACGUCAGACGCAGAGCCGGAUACAGAAUUCUUGGUUCUACUAAAGCUAGUAUUCGCCAUCGGAGCUCCUACGUACGACCACAACUUCUCCUUGCGCAACUCCGCGCUCCAAUGGGUGUAUGAAGCUCAAACUUGGGUUUCGGCACCGGAAUUCAAGGCGAUGCUGAGCAUGCCAUAUCUUCAAAUCCAGAUACUCCUCAUCUUUGCCCGAGAAACUACCCGUGCUGGACGAGACUUUGUGUGGGUUUCAGCUGGUGCACUGUUCCGAACAGCCAUGUACAUGGGGUUACAUAGAGACCCUGCGCGUAUUUCAAACCGGACGAUAUUUACCAUCGAGAUGCGCCGAAGGCUGUGGAACACGAUUCUCGAGAUCGUUCUACAGUCGAGCAUGAGUUCAGGGGGGCCUCCACUCAUCAGCCUCAGCGACUUUAAUACUGAGCCCCCUGAAAAUUUCGACGACGAGCAACUCCUUCAUGAGAAUCCUAUACCAAAGCCGGACGACACCUUUACUCAGUCUUCCGUCGCAAGAGCUCUCCGCAAAACUGUUCCCGUCCGUCUCACGAUUACGAAGUUCUUGAACGACCUCGAGUCAAACGGCACGUACGAGGAAACGCUUGCACUCGAUGCAGAGUUCCGAAGCUCGUAUAAAGCUAUAUGCCGGGCCCUCAAGGAAUGCGGAUCAACGACUGGAAACUCACCUUCGCAAUUUGCAAUGCGGGUUGUGGAUUUCAUCAUGCGUCGGUAUCUUUCAUCCAUUCACAUUCCCUUUUUCGGGCCAGGAUUGGAUGAGACGACCUACGCAUAUUCCAGAAAAGUAGUCAUCGACGCUUCGUUGAAUAUCUGGUGCGCUGCAUAUCCACGCUCAUCUCUCAACGAUAAUUCCUCUGCGGAAGAGGAUGAUUUUGCACGGCUAACUUCCUGCGGCUCUACUUUCUUUCGCACAGUUGCCAUGCAGGCGAGUUUACUGAUUGCGGCAGAAGUUAGGACCCAACUGCAGGAAGAGGAAAGCCUUAGUGCUAUUCGUUUACGGCCAACUCUACUUCCUGUCGUAGAGGAAGCAAAGGACUGGUGUUUGAGGUGUAUCGAAGCCGGUGAAACUAACGUCAAGGGCUAUAUGGCUUCCUGUAUGAUUGCUAUACAUAUAGAGGGACUGGUACGGGCCCUCGGAAAAAGCGAGAUUCCAAAACUCUUAGUCAAGUCUAUUGAAGAUGCUGGAGAGAAAUCCCUGACGAUACUCGAACCGCAAGCGGCCCAGAGCCAGGUCGAGGGUGCUGGGAAUGGGCACAGUGGGAUGCCUCUCAACACACCGCCCGAGCUGAUAGAAGGCUGGGACUUUAUGGUAAAUUAUGCCCGGCCAAGCUACGUCAUGCAUCGCUAA